AUGAUCCUCAAGGGCAAUGUUUUGCUGAAUCACAGGUGGUUCUGUGAGGGCAAGGAGUUGGAGAACAGCCCUGACAUUCAGAUCCUCAACAAUGGCGAGCUUCACUCUCUGAUCAUCACAGAGGCUUUUGAGGAAGACACCGGACGUUACUCCUGCUUUGCGUCCAACUUCUACGGGACCGACUCCACGUCAGCUGAGAUCUACAUUGAAGGUGUGUCUUCUUCAGAAUCUGAUGGGGAACAGCAAUCAGAGAAUCUAGCCCACCUGCAGAAGAAACACCCAAAGUCGACUCCAUCACCAAGCCAAAGUUCCACAGAACUCACAAAGUCUUUAGCACAUCAAACCCCAGAAGCAGCUGAGGAGCCAUUGGAGGAGCUCAGCUCUGUCCCAGUCCCGGUUCAGACGGCAGCCACCUCCCCUCCAGGCGCAGAAGCGAAUCCAGAAGCGGGUGACACAAUAAUAUUACCUGUGCAAGUGUUUGCUACAUCACCGCCAGCAGACCUCACAGAGGGCCAGCUGCAGUCAGGGGCUACUACGUCUCUCACAUCCAUAACACAGCCAGUGCAGACCACAGAAUCACCGCAGCCUUUCGAGCCUGUGCUCUCAUCUGUGCUGCCGCCUCACGCAGCUCCAACACAAGCGUCCCAACCUGAGGUGGACACUUGA